UGAUUGUGUGCACUGGUAAUUCAUUUCCAAUCUCGGCUGUAACAUGGCAGACUACAGUGCUAUAGCGGAGGAGACUCUCACCAAGGUGAAUGCGUACGUCGAGUCUACAGACUGGAAACCAUGGAAAACAUCGAAAGGUAUGGAAAUUGUCUACAAACCAUCGUCAGACUUCAAAGGAAACGUAUACAAGACAAUGUACGAGUUGGACGCUCCUAGAGAGAAGAUAUUGGAGCUGAUCUGGGAUCUGAAACAGCACGAGAAAUGGGAAACUGCUCUGAAAGGUGGAAUGGAGUGUGUUGAGCAAAUUAGAGAAAAUCUGAUGGUGAUACGUUCCGUCUCCGCCCCUUUGCUCAAAGGACUGGUGUCAGCACGUGACUUCAUCGAUCUCCUUGGUUACAAGUAUUACCCAGAGAAGAACCUCAUUCUGAUUUACUGGACAGGAGUGGAGCACCCAAAAUACAAAGAUACUGUGAAGGGUUGUGUACGUGCCAACACGUACCCAUCGGCAAUAUAUCUCUAUCCUGCCGAGGGAGAUGGUAAAAAGACUCGUGGUGUGAACAUCUUUCAACUAGAAGGUCAUCUAGUACCGAAAACCUUAACCGAACGGUUUAUACCUGAUUUGCAAUUUGACUGGUAUCAUGAUAUCAAGAAAGUGUUAUAGAGGCGACUGCUAGUACAUACACGCACCGUAGUUCAUAGUAAAGGCGUCAGAGCAGUCCAACAUACCGAUAACAUGUGACAAUGUAAAUUACACGCGACAGUACGUGACGUUUUAAUGGUCACAGCCCAUUUGUUUUCCGUAUCUGAAACGCUGUAAUUGACUAAAAAAAAAAAAUCUGCAAUAAAAUUCGCCAGCGUUGAAAACUUUAACUU